UCAUCCUUUUGCUAACUUGGCAAAAAUAAACAGUGUUGUGUACAUGUAAAAAUUUUUUUUCUUGAACCAGUACUAAGUGAGAGAGGUAUGGCUACAACUGGAGAUUCAGCAUCUACAGAAGCUCAAGGUCGACAGCCGACUAGGCGUGAGAGAGCAUACCUACCUGCCCAGCUACCAGAUGACUUCCUCUGCGUGGAGGCCACCCGUUCCACUAGGCACAGAGAACCAAGGGAGCCUCAUCUUGCCCCGAUGACCUAUGCCCCUCAGGCCGGUGUCCCACAGCAACAGGUUCAACAAGGCCCUCCCAACAGUGUGGGCAGACUCAAGUUGACCGUCUCACAGGCCAAACUGAUCAAGAACUAUGGUCUCACUCGUAUGGAUCCGUACUGUCGUAUUCGUAUUGGCCACACUGUGUAUGAGACACCGACAGACAUCAAUGGAUCUAAAAAUCCUCGAUGGAAUAAAGUGUUUGCCACUAAUCUUGCUCGAGGUGUGAACAGUCUGUAUGUGGAGAUCUUCAACGAGCGCUACCUGGCUCUGGAUGAUCGUGUAGCGUGGGCUCACUUUGAAUUCCCUGAGGAUCUGUUCAAUGGGGAGACAGUGGAGGAGUGGGUGCCCCUCAAUGGUCGUCAAGGCAAUGGGGAGGAAGGGAAUAUCAACAUUAUCUUGUCUCUACAGGUUGCUCCCCCACAAACCUCGUACCAACUCACUGCUUACGGUAACCAGCCUGUUGCCAUGGUACCAGCUCAGAUGCCUGGAGCACAGGUAAGACCACAGAUGUACUACCAGGGUGGUUACCCACCCGUCUACCCAUCCUACCCCCCGGCUCAAGUACAGCCACAGCCACCCCCUCAGCAACUACCACCCUCUCAAAUCCCCCAGCCGCCACGUAUCAAGGAGGAGGAGGUCAAACAGCUGCAGGAAAUGUUCCCGACAGUGGACAAAGAGGUGGUGGUCUCCGUCCUCCAGGCUAGCAAUGGACAGAUAGACCAGGCCGUCACUAACCUCCUCUCAAUGACUACCUCUUAGAGCGCAGAACAAUGCAUAUACUGUAUGUACAUGACCCACAAAUUUAUUAGCUCAGUUUAUAUUCUGUUUUUGUUGUGCUACACAUACACGUACGUUACCUAGGCUACUGUAGAUCGAAAUCAUUACUUGUCUUGUGUAGACAAUCAAUAAUUGUUGACAAAUAAAGUAAUGUUCACACAGAA